AUGCGGACUGACCAAUGGGAAAGCGCUCAGCCUGAAGCCGAGGGCCCCCAGGGCUUGAGCGACCUCUGCUUGGCUCAGGUGUGCCGCAGCCUGGACUCCCUGUGCAGCAGACGAGCAGACGGCUCCAUGAGCCUCAGCUGGGCCCCACUGUUCCCACAGGAGAUGGCUGACCAGCUGCUGCGAAAGAUGGCAACUGCAGGGAUACUGAAUGACACAACUGUUGGGAUUUUCCGAAACUGCAAAGAGCUCCGCCUGCGCCGAGCCUCCAUCCGCUGCUGCCCAGUAUCUGCAGACGCUUUCUGUCUGGCCCUCUGCCCUCACCGUCUCCAGGAGCUAGAUGCCUCCUGGGUCCCUGGGGGCCUCACUGGGGCUGACAUUGUCGCAGGCAUGGCAUCCAACCUGGAGUGCAGGUCCAGCCUGCAGAGGUUGUCCCUCAAUGGGCUCCGUCUGGACUGGGAGUCUCUGGAGGAGGAUGGAGGGGUCCGAGUUGGCUUCAGCUCGCUGCGGGGACUGAGGACGCUAAACUUGGCCAACACAGACCUGAGUGACGCUGCCCUGGAGGAUAUCUGCACUCUCCCUCAGCUGGAGACUCUGGAUAUCUCCUGCAGUGCCGUCUCAAACCUCACAGCGCUCCUUGAGUGCAAGAACACCCUGAGGUCCUUAAUCGCCCACCGGCUGCGGCAGCUGGAUAUGUCACCUGCCAGGCUGCUCUUUGUCCUCAGCCAGCUUCACGCUCUCAAGCAUCUGGACUUUUCCAAUGACCACUUUGCUGUGGAUGACAACGACGGGAGGGAUGGGGAUGAGACAGUGCGGCAGCUUCUGGAGGGGAGUCCCCAGGUUCUCCCUUCCCUUGUUUCUCUAGAUAUCUCCGGGCGGAAGAGGGUCACUGAAGCCGCAGUCCGAGUGUUUGUGGAAGCCAGGAGCGGGCUAGUCUUCCUGGGCCUGCUAGCCACCGGGGUCAGCUCCUGUGGUGUCCUUUCUUCACAGGAAAACCUAAAAGUAACCGGAGAGGCUAAUGAGAACCAGGUGUGUGAGGCCCUGAGACGCUACAGAGACAGGGAGUGUUUCACACGAGAGGCCCUCGUCCAUCUCUACAAUCUAACCACAGACAUUGACAAACCACGACCAGAUAUGUUACAGCUGGUGCUGAGUGGGAUGCAGAGCCACCCCACCUCCCUGCACGUCCACCUGGUGGCCACUGCGUGCGCAUUCAACCUGACCACUCAGGACCUGGCAGAGUCCAUGCCCGUCAGCCUGAUCACCUCCGCUGUCACCCAGCUGCUGUACGCCAUGAAGACCUUCCCCGGCCACCAGCAGGUUCAGAAAAACUGUCUGCUGGCACUUUGCAGUGACUACAUCCUUCAGGAUGUCCCAUUUGACAAGUAUUUAGCUGCCACGCUGGUGAUUAACUGGCUGAGCAGCCACGAGGAUCUGACCCUUCAGAGGAUGGCUGUGGCUGUCAUCUCCAUUCUGGUGGCCAAGUUGUCCACAGAGCAGACGGCACAGCUCAGCAAGGACGUCUUUAUUAUGAAGCAGCUGCUGGCUAUCGUGCAGCAGAAGGCGAUGGUGGGAGUGGUGGACUCCACUCUGAAGUUCGCCCUGAGUGCUCUGUGGAACCUGACGGAUGAGAUGCCCGCUGCGGCCCGCAACUUCAUCGAGUGCCAGGGCCUGGAGCUGUACGAGGAGGUUCUGGAGUCGUACUACACUGAACCUUCUAUUCAACAGAAAGUUCUUGGCCUCCUGAACAAUAUAGCAGAGGUGGAGGAGCUGCAAGCAGACCUGUUGGAGGAGGACCUGCUGGAACACGUCCUCAGCCUCCUGCAGGAUUCCCAGGUGGAGGUCGGGGUCCGUUACUUCGCCGGGGGGAUUCUGGCGCAUCUCACCUCCAGACCGGAGGCCUGGACCCUGGAGGAGGAGCUCCGCACUACCAUACUGAAGCAGAUGCAUACUUCCAUAAUGACAUGGACCCAACUGGAGAGAGAAAUGGUCUCUUACAGGUCGUUCCGUCCAUUUUGCCCUCUGCUUCAGACUCGUCAGCCCUCAGGAGUGCAGCUGUGGGCAGUCUGGGCCAUACAUCUGGUCUGCAGUCAAAACACGUCACAUUACAGCGGCAUGCUGGAGAGGGAAGGCAUGACUGAACUUCUGAUGGCUUUGGCUGCACAUCCCGACACACACAGCGACAUUAAAGGACUAUCAGAGACCAUCUUGGGAAUGGUAGAGCAACACCAGAGUCACUCGGGGGCCUACAGCAACCAGACGGGGCCUCGAAACUCUUGACAAAAAUGUAAAAGAACUUAUUUGAAGUGAUGUCUUUGAGCUGAGCCCGAAAUGUGUUCGAUGUAAGGUUGCAGAUACAGUAUUGAUGCACAGGCAGUUCAUGUCAGUCC